AUGGCUGACGUUUCAGGGACGCUAGAUGAAGAGGAACUGCUCGAGGGUGGAGUGGAUUACUCAGAAGAGCUCAGAGAAGUUGGCGCCGUCGCUGACGGUGAAGGUGAAUGUGAAACAGUAGACGUAGAGGCUAGUGAAAGCGGAGAUUUCUUCCACCUCCCAUAUGAUGAGCUCGACGAAGGCGAUGAUUCGGACGACAGGGACUAUGCGCCGCCAGAUCCUUGGAGGAAAGAUGUUCGUGUUGAUGCCGGCCGUUACCAAGCAGCGGUUCCUGAAAGUAUGAAUGACGAGGCGUCCCUGGCGUCUAGUGAUAAUGAUAAUGACUUACCGACGUUACCAACUCCAGUACCGGGUGGAGCGUUGUGGAUGCCAACAGAUAAUCUGUCAGAGGUCGACAUAGAUCGGUUUCUAGGCGACGUUGUUGAGUUGAGAGAAGCACAUGGCCAAACUAUUUGUGAUCGUUUUUCUUUGACAAGAGACGAUGAAGACGCGCUCUGUGCAUUGUAUAGGCACCGUUACGAUACUGAUAAAGCUAAAGCAGCGUUUCCGUUUUCUCGAGUAAAUCAGCCAUUCCGUACGGUACGCCAAGGCGCGUUGGAGUGGGAUUUGUCAGAGCGUGAUUUGUUUGAGAGAGGUAUUGCGAUGUACGGCAAGAACUUCUCUGUGAUACAAAAAAGGCUGACAAGAGACGAUGAAGACGCGCUCUGUGCAUUGUAUAGGCACCGUUACGAUACUGAUAAAGCUAAAGCAGCGUUUCCGUUUUCUCGAGUAAAUCAGCCAUUCCGCACGGUACGCCAAGGCGCGUUGGAGUGGGAUUUGUCAGAGCGUGAUUUGUUUGAGAGAGGUAUUGCGAUGUACGGCAAGAACUUCUCUGUAAUACAAAAAAGGCUGUUACCAUAUAGACGAGUAGGAGAGCUUGUUGAGUAUUACUACUUCUGGAAGAAAACAGAUAGAUAUCAAAUGUUCCGAAAGCACACCGUGUACGCUGAGCCAGAUAUGCAUUGUUUGGGGCCGCCGUUGUUCGCCCAUAAUCAGUAUGCACAACAUCCGUACGAUGGGGCUUUACCGGAAGUGGGCGGCACUAGGGCAGACAACGACGGAGUUCUGCCUGAUAUGGCUGGCAGUGGUGUGCUGCCAUCAGCAGAAGCUGAUACUGCGAAUCUCUCCGCCACAGCAGCGUCCUCACAACCGCCCAGUGAACCGCCUGCACCAAUAGCUGCAGCCGGCGACGGUGAUGGUGAACCGAAAGCCGAACGUGGAGAUAUCUGGUGGAAUGAUGAUGUGCCUGUGGCGCAAGUAUGA